UUGAACGCAGCACGUGGCGGAAAGUAGUAUUGCGUUCGCGUUCUUAGUUUAUAUUUAGUUUGUGUUUAUAUUACGUUGGCGCCUUUUUAAUUAAACCGAAAAAAAAUAAUGUGGCAGGCGCCCUCACUAAAUGCUGGGUCUUCAUCUUAUUCAAAUGAGUCAGUCCAAGCGGAAGAAGAAACCGUCUCUUCGGCUCUUUCUGAGGACGUUGCGGAAAAUAGGAUAUUGUCAAGUCCGCCUGCGGCUCUAAUAUUUUGUAGAAUACCAGUCGGAAUGAGCUCUGAUGUACAACCGCAACGGCUAAGAAGUCACCGAAGAAGAACUUGCCGUGGAAGUCAAAGAGUACACCCAUAUAGAAUGGCUAAUUUUAAUUCAUUACCCACUCCUCUGAGUCAAUGCAACAGACAAAACUUCAAUCAGGAAAGUGUUUCACGAGUAAGAACUCAAGAAGGGUCCUCUUUCAGAGUUACAACGAAAAGUGGUGGCCCUCAGAACGCUGGAUAUUUAUUAGAGAAUCAACAGGAAGCAGAAAAUGAUAUCCCCUUGCCAAACGAUGCAGAACGUGACCAUUCGGUUCCGACUGAUUCUGCGCAUCAUUCUUAUUCACUUGAAACCUUGUCUCCACCGCGGUUGCAGAUAAGGCCAUCUUAUAAUCAAUCCAGUUUCCCUGUUAGCCAAAUUGAGAAUAAUUCUGAUACUGCAAAUGAAUUUUUAAUAGAAUCCGAACCCGAAUCACCACUUAGUCCUUUAAUAAGUGCAGACAGCACUUGUAAGGAGUCAUUUGAAUUGAAAAUAAAACAAAUAGGUUUAUACCAAAGACAAAAUAGUUCGACGCCAUUACUGAAUUUUGAAGAAGCAAUCUCUUCGCCGCAACAAAGAAUUGUCCCUGAUAUGUUUCCUACACCAACGGCGGACGCUCAAAGGCUAGCUAAUAGUCUGAUCAAGCUAUCACGCUUCCUUAAGACACCUAAUAUCACAGAACUGCACUGUUUAGAUUGCCGAUACGUUCCCUAUUUACCCGUCACAGGACAGUGUGGCCAUACGCGGUGCAUGAGGUGCAUCGUUAGCAAUGGUGCCUGCCCAUGCAGUGCAGAUGCCCCAGAGUCCUUGCUCGUUAAUACGGUAGUACAGGAGAUAAUCGAAAAAAUGAUGAGAUAUAUCAAGAAACCGAGAAUAAUUGAAUCAGGAUCGACAAUAAGGGCACCCGGUGAUAAAACAAGCCUACUAUUUGGAGCUGCGAGAAGUUUGUCAAAGAGUCGGCACAGCCGUUCCAUGCGCUUGGCGUCUUUGGAGAAUCCCUCAACACAUUGCGACUUGCGCCCUCGUAUGCCGAUGACAGUACAGGCGCGCUACCGCAGGGCACGGCUCCUAAUGGACGCUGGUCAGUACCUGGAAGCAGCUUCACAUUUCGCUAGAGUCGCAGCCUCGUCGGAACCGUUCGCACGUCUGGCCCGAGUCCUUUUGGCACAGACAAUCAGUGCUAUGGGCGGCAAACUUACAAGGAGUAGUAUAUCGCGUCAACUCCGCCGUUCUGUGCACGAGCAGUCAGCCCGCAGUUGGCUGAGCGCCUCGGACUUGGAGUGCGUCCUCUGCACCAAUACGUACCGGAGCCCUGUGUCGACGCCCUGCGGCCAUACGUACUGUCGGGAGUGCAUUGAACGCUCCCUGUUCUACAACAAGAAGUGUGCUCUGUGUCUCAGCUCGUUGGAGAAUUUCAAUGUUGCCGAGACUCGUGACACUGUAUUCAUCAACUCCAUUCUAUCUUCUAUCGACGCUUUAACUGUGCCCGACGAAACAGAUGAGCUGCCUGUUGUUACUUGUCAUGUGGCCUAUCCUGGGAUGCCGUGUCCGCUGUUUGUGUUCGAUCCGCGCUACUGUCUGAUGGUGCAGCGGGUUCUGAAAUCAGGAUCGCGGCGGUUCGGAAUGCUCGCCUACACCUUCGCUAACUAUGGGACGGUUCUGGAGAUACGUGACUGCGUCGUAUUUGAAGACAGCCGCUGCAUCGUGUCUACUAUUGGAGUUUCACGCUUCAGGGUCCUUGAGAGAUACGAGAAAGACGGUUGUGACAUGGCUCGCAUUCAGUCGCUGACCGACAUUCAACUCACGGGUUUCGGAGACCUAGACCUGCCGUGGUUGGCGGUCAAGGUGUACAGUAAAGCGUCGUACUGGCUACAAAAUAUGGAUUUACGUACGAAAGGUGUACGCGAGGAGAUUCAGACCGCGUUCGGCAACCUGCCGUUCGAUAUGAACCCUGAUGAGUUGGGCAGAACGUCGGAUGGACCCAUUUGGCUAUGGUGGCUUGUCGCCAUCUUGCCGCUUAACCGGGAGAUAAAGUUUCUGUUUCUAUCCACGCGGAAUCUCCUAAAGCGUAUGUUGGCAGUUUCACGCACUCUGGAUCUUGUGGAUUUGGACUUAGGAUCCCUCUCUUCAACAGAGGAGCUUGCGGAUCCAGAGGAAUGGUUAUCUAGAGAAAGCUGAGUCUAAUUUAUAUUAUGUACUAACAACGAUCAGUCAAACGAGGAAAUAAACAGCCAUUUUUGUGCUUUGUUAAAUUGACAUUCCACAAACUAAACUAAACUCACUACUCUUUGCAUUAUGUUGUAAUGCAAAGAGUAGUGAUUUCGGGUUACUUCUUUUUAUGUUAAAACAUCAAUCUACAGCAGUGAUGGGGACCUUGAAAUGUUUAUAAAGUAUUUAUAAUUUAUAUUUCUAAGCAUUUCACUGAAGGACGAAAAUUAAGCAAUGACUUAAGAAAGUUAAAAUGUCAUCGCUUUGUUUGUCUCCGCUCGGUCGAAACUCUAUAGUAGAGUCACUUUACUCUUCUUUCAAGUAAUGCGCCUUUUUUGAAUCCAGGAUAGGAAUUUAACAAUAAUUCUUUAUAAGUCGACUUGAGACUGGCGCAGUGGUAAGCGCUUCGAUUUUAUAAUUCGGACGGUCUCUGGUUCGAUUCCAGGUGCAUCGAAGCAGAAUGCAGAAGUUUCAGUGUUUUAAUUUAUUAUCACUCGCUUAGUGAACUUCGAUUAUUUUUAAUAUUGCUUAAGAGUUACUGAAGAUCGAAUUGUUCUACGGCGAUAAAAAAAUCACUUCACAAUUGUUGUUAUUCACUUAUGCAUUUCAUCGAUAUAAUACAUAGGUAAGCUAGAAUUUUCACCAUACAUAGUUUUUCCUCAAUGUACUAGAUUUAAAUUGGGUAUUCCCACUAAUCGCAAUACUGCAGUUAUCCGCGUUUUUAUUGUUAGGUCUCAUGAAAACGAAUAUUCUAUAGACGUUAACGAAAAUCUGUAAUUCAAUAUGAACGCCAUUGUUUUACCGUAUCAUAUGUGUAAAGAGUAUAUAAAGAAUCGAUCGGCCGCCUGAUAUGGCAACCUGAAACGCCCAGCCCGCGACGCCUGCGGAAGGCUUGCUCCUUUUUACUCGUGUGAUAACUAUUUGUGAACGGUUGAUGUGUGACGAGGAAUCUCCUUAUAUAAGGCUUUACUUAUUUGCGCAUUUUCUUGUUCGUCAAUAGUGAAAACGUAAUGAAACUUGCUAAUCCUGUACUUGGCAAAUUUGAUCUUUAACUCAAUACAAAUAAGAUUCAUUUUACUCCGAUGUCAAGUAAUUCCACACUCGUAAACGACUCUUCUACUGCGAGCGAUUGUACUAAGCUAUAGUAUAAGCUAUAGCUACUAAGGCUAUAGUCGUGAGAACUUUACUCACUAACAAUGUUACUUUUUACAAUACAACAGUGACCGAGUUACUCUGUCCAAUUGCAUACAUAUUUAUUUACCCAUUCUAUAAAUGAGAAAAAAUAAUUGUUUGGUGUUAAAAAGCAUCCUAUAUCGAGUGUCAGUAGCGCGGUGCGGCGGCCGUAUCAAUUCAAUCCAACGCGGUCAUUUUAUGUGUGACUGGUGUAGUGAACUUAAAUUAUUCAUCAGAAAGAUUAAAUGGGCUGACAGUAAAAACACAGCGUAUACUCAUUGCACAUAUUCGAUCGCUUUCACGCCAUAUCGAUGACCGUUGUAUAUCGCGUUAACUAACGUGGCAAAAUACAUUAUAGACUAAAGAACGAAUCUAAUGUUCAAAUACAAUUCACACAGGUCUUGUCAAUUUUGUUGUACAUAAAUAUCUAGCACAUUUUCUUUAUACAAUCCAUCGGUAAUCUUUAGAUUUAUUAUUAAGCUAUUUUAUUAUUAUCAAAAUUAAAUACCAAUAACAAUAGAUUACAGGUAGAUUGUCAAUUUAGUUUUAUGAUUUGGGUAAAACAGAAUUGGCACCAUUUUCGGAUUUAUUUUAUCAUCUUCAUAAUUUUUACCUUUUCUAGUUUCAUACCUCGCUGCUAAUUUCUAAGUUAUCCUGUUCACUAUUAUUAAAAUAAAAAUGUAUUGUAAACGUGUAAAACUAAAUUUAAUAUUAUAUACGGAAUAAAUUGUGUGUAGGUUUAAAUUAUUUAUAGUACUUACAAUUUCUUGGAACAAAAAAGAACGUAAGAACGUUUUUUAUUAGGCACUAGGGUAUGUCGACUUUAAUUAUUGUAAAUAGUUUAUUCAUACUAUUUUCUCUUUAGCGUUAUGCACAACAAAAACUACAGGUAAUAAUGCUUUUAUAAUUUAAAAAGUAAUUACUGUUUUGGAAUAAACCGACAAACAAAAAUACAAUUUUACUUAGCCGGCAAUAUUAUAUGUAGUUAGUAUAAGCAAACUUAAGUUUCUAUUGUUUUUUUAGCGACCUCCGUGAUUCUGUGGUCUCAUUAGCGCCUGGUCCUGGCUCGAUUCCCGGCCGGAGAAAUUUGGAAAAAUUAUAUUUCUGAUUUUUCUUUGGUCUCGUGGGAGGCUUCGGUCGUGGCCCUGCCGGUACGAUGCCGUGUAGAAACCCCUAACAGGUCAGCCUGCUACCGUCUUAGACUGCAUCAUCACUUACUACCAAGUAAGAUUGCAGUCGAGGGCAUACUUGUAGAAGAAUAAAAAAAUUGGUGAUUCCACCAAAUUGCGUCAGGAUGCAAUAUGAGACUACAUGGUAUUUUCCCUGCAUACGAGUGUUUUCAGUCGCCCUCGUUCCUUAAUAGGUAAAAUAUAUUAAGAUUUUACUUCACAGUUCAAACUAAUAUUUGCUUUAUCAGAAGUGUUUUCCACGGAGCGACAGAUAAACGUGAUAUUUUUACAAAAAUAUAGUCAAAGAGCCAGAAUGUCACAUAUGCUAUUUUUAAUCCCGCGAAACCGGAUCCAAACGGACGAAGUAGCGGAAAAAAGCUUUUCAUAUACCAAACGGUUGACCGCGACUUCGUUAGCGUAAAACUUGUAAAACGACCCACCGAGUUUCAUCGCCCGCCCGCCCGACACCUAAGGGUCGUUACUUGGUUCUAAAUAGAUUAUAACCAUCCUCAGAAAUUUGAUUAUCAAAAGCGGAAAAGAUUUUUAUAAUCCGAUUGGAAGUUCUAGAGAGCGGGUGCAAACAAACAAACUACAGCUUUAUUUAUUAUAUAUAGAUAGUUUUAUAAAGAAUGACCGAAAUAAACAUUAUUAAAAUAGGAACGGAACAUAUUUAUAAAAAUAUAAUAUACAAAGACAAUGCAAUAUGAUGUCAUUAGUUUCAAUUUUAGCUACCGGGCACGAUAAGUUAACAAACCCAUGAUGUUUACAACUGGUCAAUUACGUAUCAGAACGCACCUAAGUUAGGGUUCCGUGGCCACACCAUUUAAAAGAACUUGCACUAAGAUCACAAUGAACAAAAUCAAGUUGUUUUUACUGUUGUGACUCGUAUCGGUAUGAGGGAUCAUUCGAGGCGAAGAUUAAAUCUACAUGCCUUUUUCGUAGGUGUACAAAAUCUCCGUUUUCGUUUCAAAAUUGGUAUUAAUGGAGCCGAUUUUAUUUUUACUCUAAACUAAACUCCAGUUGCGUAAGUUGCGUAGUUGUAAAAAUAGUGCGUUUCCACGGUGGGCAUUGAAAAGGGGACAUAACUACUUAAAUUCAUGUCUAUUUAGUUUUGUUUAGAGAAUCGUGUACAACAGAAUUUGCGUCAUUAUCUACCUUUACAAAAAACGAAAACGUUUCAAAACGAAAUGGCUGUAUGUACUGUAAUAUGACCAAAUUAAUAAGUGGUUUUAGUUUGGCUGCGGAACCCUACAUGGUAUUAAAAAAUAUACACUUAUACAUUUACAUAUAGAUAGAUACAUACAAAUAUACAUGCUUACAUACAGGACAUAUAGGACAAAAAAGUGGAGGUAAGCAUACGCCUUAAAAAAGUUGGAUUCUACGGGAAAGGAUUGUUUUACCUUUAAAAAGAGGAAAGAAGGAUUGAAAAUCGGGCCAAUUGGGUAUAUGACUGCUUUUUUCGUUUCAAAUGAACUUUAUUCUUAUUUUAAAGCUAACAAUAAGUAUAUAGUCACGUGACUGCAAUGGCGUCACAAGCCUAUAAAAAUGUAAAAACUGAUAGUAAACUGCGCUUGUUCAAAUCUAUUUUUAGGAGCAAAAAGGGUUUAAAAACUAUUUUUGGAUAUAUGAGGAAUGUUCUAAAAUGUUUGAAUCCGGGAGACCCUAUGUUGUCACGCACGAUUAUGAUCCUUACGUCUAAGAAUAAACUGCUUUAUAGCAAUACACAUUGUUUACAGUCUUAUGACGUUAUAAGAGUGUAAGUACUUUUGACUGUAAGACUGGCUGAGUCAAUCAAUCAGUAGCGUUUGUGAUCACGAGCUCUUAUAUCUAACAAAAUCAUUUCCUUUAAUGAUUUAUCGAAAAUUUAUACUUUAUGUUCUAGUGUUGAAUUAAAUAAUAUUCAAUUAAAAAUCUAUAUGGCUCCAGCACAAGGGAUGUUACUAAAAAUAGUUAAUUUGAAACAAUAAAGAAAGCAGUCAAAUACCUAACAACUGCGGUACUCUAAUCUCUCAACUAAAUUGACAGGUCUAAAAUUUGCGCUGUCACACGUGUCCACUGUGUUCCGUGUAGAAAAAGAUACACUAUUUACGACCUGUAAGUUUAGUUGUUAGUACUUAACGUAAUCUGUACCAAAAUCGCACUACUAGGAGAGACAAGGAGCCUAAAGCUUUAACGGAAAAGCAUUUAGAAUAGAAGUACGAGCACUUCACUCGUUAUAUAAAAGUAAUUUGUAUGAUAAGAAUGCCAUCAGAUCUUAAAACGACAGCGAGAGUUGAAGAAACAGCUCAGAUAGAGUAGUGGUUCGAUGAAAUUGUGGGCGCCGGUGGAAUUAUCUCCAAGAAGGGGUUUUUAGUGCUGUAUUCCCUCGAAUUUUUUAACUUUAAAAUUUAUUCAAACGAAUUAUAGUCGCAACUAAAUGUUUAACGUUAAAAUGACUCAGCAAUAUUAUGUGAAUAAUAAAUCGUUUAAUGGAGUAGAUGGAUAGAACGGAUGGAUCCUUCUUUGGAAGUUAGAAAGAUAAUUUUGAAUCCAUCAGUCUCAGCUCCUGUUACUGAGAAAAAAUAGUAAUCUUUGAAGAAGGAAUAUGGAGUAGAUUAAAUAUAUAUUACGAUAAACGCGUCAAAAAUCAAGCUCGAUGAAUUUGGUUAUUGAUUGAUACUGGCAGACUAGAUGACAACAUUUCAUUAAAAUAAUGUAAAAACGAAUUUAUAAGAAUAGAGGUGUGUUUCUGUGUAGACUUUUUUUUAAAUUUAUAAUAAGUAAUAUACCUACCCAAUAGAAGUUUAGAAUAUAUUGUUACGAAAGUUGAAAUCAAAUGGUAAAUCUAAGAUUUUAACUUCAAUAAUUAUGUAUUUUUUACAGAAUAACUUUUUAAUAAUUCACAUAAUAUUACUAGUUUUCGGCUUUUGAUAUACAAAAUAAUAAACAAAAUGUCAUAGGUAUCUGAAUAAUACAUUUGGCUGUGUCUUUUCUUUUAAGCCAAAGGUAAUUGUGUAUUUGCUUCUACGAAGCCCCUAUAAUUAUAGUAUAUAUAUCAUUGUGAAGAGAAUAGUUUGCAUUACUUUUUAAGCAUAUUUCUCAAACGGAGGAGUAGGUUUGGCAUAGAUUAAGCGUAGAGGGAGAACAGACAGCUGAAAUUUACAAUAUAAAAUCUGUCAAUAUCACGACCACUUGUCAAGCACUAAUAAAGAUAAAUUUAUGAAGUAUAUUAAUUAUUAACCUAGUUUCAGAUUUCCAUUAUUUAAAAAAAAAACAAAAACCGCAAGCGUGUACACUUGCCGGGGCCCAUUUUUUUAAAUAUAACUUUUUAGAUGAUAGUUUUGGCGAUGCGAUGGCAGAUCGCACCUAGAAUGUCUCCUUGUAAUACCCUAUACGGUAAAAAUCAUUAAGUAUCUGUAAUGUUUCUAAAUAGUUUUCAAUGAUCUCGAUUAAUUAAAGUAAAAUAUUGUUAUGUAAUAAAUCUACAAGUAAUUCAUAUUUUAGAAUUCUUAAUGUACAAGGUAUGUCCAAGCUUUAUGAAAAAUAUAUAAUUAUAAGGAUAAAAGUAGUUUUAAAAUAAUAUAAGAGUUAUAGCAUAGCGCAUAUAAAAUCAGUUCAAACGAACUGAUUGUUUGCUGUGAUCACUAUAAAAUUUUAUAUAUUUUUUGAUAUAGCUUGGGCAAUAAAAAUAAUGCUAACAUGCAACUCUUUCAGAAUGUUUCUGUAACACUCACAAGUGAUUCUAGAAUUAAUAAAUUGUAAUAGAAG